GUUCCCUGCGAAAUGCCCGGAUUACUCGACUUUGUUCGAAUCGUCCUCUAGCAGACGGGGUUUCGAUAUGUCAGUAGCAGACAGGCUGACCGCCGGCGUGCAUACCCUCACCGGUCAGCACCUGGCCAAGGUGGUCGCCAAGGCGAGCAGCCACGAGGUGAUGGGACCCAAAAAGAAGCACGUCGACACGCUCAUCGCUCUGACUAACUCGCCGACGUUUAGCAUGCCAGACCUUGGAAGCGAUAUUUUCUCUCGUUGUCAGAACUCGAGCUGGAUUGUUGUGUUCAAAGCGUUGAUAACGUGUCACAACUUGAUGUCGAGAGGACACGAGCGUUUUCUUCAGUACGUCGCGUCUCGAACGAGCCUCUUUGUAUUAGACAACUUUCUAGAUAAAGGUGGCCUACAAGCGUACGACAUGUCAACGUUUAUACGACGCUACGCUAACUUUCUAAACGAAAAGGCAUUUGCGUACAGACAAAUGGGAUACGACUUUUGUAGAGUGAGUCGUGGUAAGGAAGACGGCUAUUUGAGGACGUUAGAUCAAGCCAAGCUUCUACAAGCUCUUCCUGUUCUUGAACGGCUGGUCGAUGCACUCUUGGCUAUGGAGGUUACUGCUGAGGAGCUGACGAAUGGAGUAAUCAACGGUGCGUUUGUGAUGCUUUUCAGAGAUCUGAUCAAGCUUUUCACAUGUUAUAAUGACGGAGUUAUUAAUUUGCUUGCAAAAUUUUAUGAGUUGAAGAAACAGCAGGCACGUGAUGGUCUUGCCCUGUACAGGAAAUUUGUUGUCAAGAUGGAUCGUAUCAAUGAGUUUAUGAAAGUAGCGAAGGAAGUGGGAGUUGAAAGAGAAGGGGAAGCAACCGAACUAACAAGGCCGCCGUCUGUUUUGCUCGAGACUUUGGAAAGUUACGUUCGGACAUUUGAGAAAGGGGGGAAAGUUGAUGUGCCCGCAAACAUUCAGUCCUUGUCACAGUCUUAUCUCUCGUCUACGUCGCCGCCUCAGGGAACUUCAUUGCAAAACAGUCCGUUACCUGCCAGGACACAACCUGCCACAGUUUUUGUACCGGCUCCGGCAGCUCCAGCAGCAAUACCUGCAGUUGCGGCUCCACUCGGUGCUCAGACAAAGUUGUCACCACAAGACAUUGCGGCAAGACGGAGACACUUGGAGAUAGAAAAGGCACGACUGCUUGAGCUGAAGCAACAGCAACAGAAGUCUCAACAGCCGGGCAAUGAUUUGGCCGAGCUGGAGUCAGCGUUUGGUCUUCAGUCUGGCCAACCUGCUGCUCAGAUGAUGCAACAGUUUGGCGUCGUACCUCAAUCAUAUCCUGUCUCUAUGACUCCUCAGCAUGCACCGGUCGCUCCGGCUAUCAAUUCAACGGCAGAUCCGUGGGCAACAGUUCCAAGUCCUACCAGCGGUUUCAACGCUCAGUUUGAAGUCGCAUUUGGUGAAACAAGAUCUACAGCACCACCUGCUGCUACACAGUCAGGUUUUGGAGCUCAGCCAUACGGCAGCCAGCCUCCUGGUUUGGGAGACAUGCUGGAACCGAUGAAAACGGGCCAGUUUACUUCAGAACCCGAGAAAGUCCCAGGAAAAGGACUCGGCAAGGAUCUAUCAUCUGGACUCAAUAAAGCCAUUGAAGACCUUGACUUGGGAAAAAACAAAUACGGAUUUUCAGAAAAAACACAUCAUCAGUGGAAAGAACCGAGCACUCAGAAAACUGGAGGAGCCAACUGGGCCCCCAUGCAAAGGCAAACAGUUACUGUACCGCAGCAGCAGCAGCAGCAGCAACAGGGACUUGGUAGUCGACCGGCCGAUUGGAGCAGCUCUCUCCCUGCGGGUCACUUUCCUGUGCCAUCGACCAUGCAGCCUCAGAUGCAGCCGAUGAUGCAGCCCAGUUAUAGACCAAUGCAGCCUGGUGUGAUGGGCGGGGCUCCACAGAUGGGUAUGCAGAUGUAUCCACAACAGAUGAUGGGGAUGGGAAUGGGAAUGGGAAUGGGAAUGUCACAGCCAAGACAGCAGCAGUCGUCUAGACCGGCAGAUCCUUUUGGUCCAAUAUAACGUAUUUUGAGGAUAAGAGUUGUUUUGUAUGGCUCAAAGAACUGGACUGACCAAUGGUACGUCAGUGGCACUUUGUAUCAUUUGCUGCUGAUUUGUCUUUUGGUGCUUGGUGUUGCGCUAUCAUUUUUAUGUUGCGUGCAGCUUUCGAUGUUCUAUUGGAAGUCGGUACAAUAUGAUUUGUGUAUACUUUAA